AUGUUCCAUGUCAUCAUGUCGUCAUGUGGUCUUCCCCAUUCAACCCUACCCGAGUACACCCUUCCUGCUGUGCGUGCCAGGUACAACUUCAAGUUCCGUCUGCCGGCUUACUUCUCCCUCGUCGUUAGAAGUCUAUCAGUAUUGGAAGGAAUAGCCUUGAAACGAGAUCCCAACUACAAGGUGUGUCGGGCCCCUCUAAUGCCCUUCCUCCACACGUGCAUACUAUGUGAUGUGGCAGGCACCAGUUUGUGUGCCCUGGCACUAUCUUCCGACCCACUGCACACUCAGUCUGCACAACGCUCUCCGUUCUCUCUAAAUUGA